AAACACGAGUACGGUCGUCUCCCCUCACCCCCUGCACAAACACAGCCAGCAAAUCAACGCUGAAUCCACCAUCCAACGGACUCCAUCCAUCCAACAUGCUUGCGCAGUUGUGCCGGCGGCGGCUCACCAUCCCCCUCUCCCCAAUCCUCGCCGCCGCCGCCGCCAGCGGCAAGAACCCCAUCCACUCCAACCACGCGCGCGCCCUCCUCUCUCAAAGUGACUCCUCCUCGUCCGCCGUCGAGGCGGCGCCCGACCGCAAGCCCUGCCCCACCACGGUCUCCUACCUGGUUUCCUGCGGUGUCUCCCCCGCCGUCGCCGCCGCUCGCAAGGUCCGCAUCCGGGACACAGCCCGGGCUGACGCCGUUCAGGCCCUCCUGCGCGAGUACGGCUUCUCCGACGCGGAUAUCACCCGCACGGUGCGUAGUGACCCGCUGCUGCUCACCUUCGAUCCCGACCGCACCAUUCGCCCCAAGCUCGACUUCUUCCUCUCGCUCGGGAUCCAGCCUCGCUUGCUCGCCACCGACCCCCACAUCUUCGCGCGCAGCCUCGACAAGCACAUCAUACCCUGCGUCGAGUACCUCCGCACCAUCCUGGGCUCCGAUGACAACAUCCGCGUCGCCGUCUCCCGCGUGCCCCGCGCGCUCAUGGCCGACCUCGACAGCACCAUGCGCCCCGCCGUCGAGGCGUUCCUCAGCCAGGGUCUCUCCAAGGAAGCCAUCGCCAAGCUUUUCGUGAUCCACAUGGGAAUGAUCAAGACAUCGCCCGAGCGCAUCCGCGAGGCCUUCCAUGACCUCAAGGCGCUCGGCUUCCGCGUCACGGAUACGGGCUUCCUCUACGCCUUCCGCGUGAUUUGCAGCCUUAGGAGGGAGACGUGGGUGCGCAAGGUGGCGCUUUUCCAGAGCUUCGGGGUGUCCGAGGCUCACCUGCUCAGAGCGUUCAAGACGCAGCCCACCAUACUGCUCGUCGGAGAAGAGACCUUGAAGAAGAAGUUCAGGUUUUUCCUGGACGUGAUGAAGGUUGAGAUGGAUGAUGUGAUGGCGCAGCCACUGACUCUGGCAUUGAGCUUGGAGAAGAAUAUCAUGCCAAAGUGCGCCGUGCUGAGCGUGUUGAUGAGGGAGGGUAAGAUUAGGAUUGAGCGGUCACAGAAGUUGAUUCCGCCACUGCUUUCCAAUUCUAAGGUCUUCUCGCAGAGGUAUGUGUUGAGGUAUGCUAAGGAUGUGCCUGAUGUUGUUAAGGCAUUUGAGGGCAAGAUUAAAUUUCAAGGGUUUGGCUGUUUGGGGAUCAGAAGUUAGGACUUUCGUGGCACUGAAUGACUGAAGCCCAAAGCUCAGUCUUCUGUAAUCAUGCUUAUGUGUUAGAGGUAAGGUUAUAUAGCAACAUUUUUAAGAACAAUGCACGUUUGCAAUUGUAACCUUGUUCCAUUCGUACUCAUAGUGAAAUGUCCAUUCGGUUGUCAUAGUUUUGCAUUUUUAUGGUCCCUAUGCAUCCAGGAACAUGGACAUUGUGGCAUUCUCGGUUGUAGUUGAUCUAGCAUGUGUGACCUGACAAUUCUUAAACCAUGCUGUAAUUCAUAUGCUUAUGACCUGGGUGGAGUUCUUGUUCAUUUUGGAACUCUGAUUCUUUGUACUGCUCUGCUGAGUGGAAAUCCUCAUGUUACUGAAAGUUGUCUGAUUUUGAUCUCUCCCUAAAUGUAAUAUAUCCUAUCAA